AUGUCUUCUAAUUCAGAAUAUGUUCCUUUUAAUUUUGAACAAAUACCUGAUAAAGAAAUAAUUAAAAUAUUGACUUAUAAUACCUUUCUUAGACCACCUUUAGUAAACAAUAAUGGAAAUGAUUACAAAAAUGAAAGAUGUGAAUUAAUCAUUAGAGAAUUAGUUAAGUAAUUUAUUGAUUUUAAAAAAUAGUUUUGAUAUUGUUUGUCUCUAAGAAGUUUUUGGAUUUUUAAAUUCAAGAAAGUCUAUUCUUAAACAUAAAGCAUUUAAGCUUGGUUUCACAUAUUAAUCUGUUAGUCCAAGUCCUAGUUUUUUUUCUAGUUAAAUGGUUGAUGGUGGAUUAAUUACAUUGAGCAGGUUCAAAAUUAAACAUAUAUAUAACUUUAGAUACCCAAUACUCUAUCAUGAUUUUAAAGAAUUUCCAUACGGCAUAUUGUCUGACAAUCUCUCAAAUAAGGGAGUCUUAUAUACAAAGAUUCUUGUCAAUGGAUAAAUAUUGCAUAUAUUUAACACACAUUUGUAAGCAAGUUAUGUAGGAAAAGAAUCAAAUGUGGUAUUAAAUGAUAACUUAUGAAAUAUAGAGGGCAACAGUUUCCACUAGAAUAGAUUAAAUGUAUUGUAUUAAGAAAUUUGUAAAUCAAGUUCUAUAAGAGUAAUAAGCAAUGGCAAAAGAUUUGAUAUUAUUAGUUGGUGAUUACAAUAUUGAUAGCAGAUAUGAGUAAGGGUAUUCUGUAGAGGUAUUGAAAUAGUUUCCAAUACUGUUAUAGUAGUUAGGGAAUCCUUAAAAGUAUUAAGAGUAUGAUGCUUUGAUUUAAAUAAUGACAAAUAAUGGUAAAGAUAAAUUUAAGAAUUUAUUAUAUGAUCAGGAGGGGAAGUUUGUUAUAACUUAUGCAGAUUACUUAGAGGAGGAGAAUGGUUAAAGAUCACCUCUGGAGAUUUAAUUAACAGAUAAAGCUGAUUUGUUAACUGGUUAAUGUUUGGAUUAUAUAUUUUAAUUGAUUCCUGAAAAUGAAAAUAGUCCAAAUACAAUAGAAAUAAAAUAAGUGAAUGUUGAGAAAUUCUUUGUUGAAGGAUAGCGAUUUACUUAAUUAUCAGAUCAUUAUGGUGUUUCUUGUGAUAUAUUAGUUUAAUAGGCUAAGUGA